AUGGAACAAUUUACUUUAUUGGAGAGUUGUAAUUUUGUCCAAGAACAAAUAAAUGAUGGUAUUAGACAUGUUAUUUCAAUUGUACGAAGAAAACGGUAUCUAAGAGCCCGCUGGAUAUCAUUAACCACUCAAAUCCUUCUUAUUCUUCGACGAAAAUUAGCUCCUCGCACUUGGAUUAAGAUAAAAAAUGAUGCAUUUUGGACUUCAGUUGUUUCUGGAAUGUCAGCAAAAGAGUUCAAAGAUAAUUUCAGAUUCAACCAAACAACAUUCUAUCAUAUUCUUCGAGCCGUUGAGCCAUUUUUAAACCGUCAGGAUACAAUAAUGCGUAAAGCUGUACUCAUCGAAAAACGUGUUGUCGUAGCUUUGUAUACAUUAUCUUCCACAGCGAAAUUUCGAACAAUAGCGAACUUAUUUGGGAUUGACAAAUCAACGGUUCUAGAACUGUUGUACGAUUUCGUUAACGUCAUAAAUGAUGUUAUUCUGCCACAGGCUAUACAAUAUCCGACGUCACUAACCGAAACAACAGAAAUGAUUAAUGGAUUUUGGCAAAAUUGGAACUAUCCACAAUGUAUUGGAGUAGUAGACGGUUGCCAUAUUCCUAUAUAUCCCCCAAGUGAAUACGCCAGCGAUUAUUACAAUUAUAAGGGUUGGAGCUCAAUUAUUUUGUUGGUGAGUAAUUUGUUUAUCACAUUGUCAUUUGCCUCGUCGGAAGUAUUUUAUCUGGAACGUUUACUGACUAUGUUUAGUUCAGUUUGA